UAUCUAAAGCUAGGGUUUUCCUCGCUCCCAAGAGCCCGUCCUUCUCCAUACGCGCGCACACAGAGAGAGAGGAGGGGGAGAGAGAGAGAGAGAGAGAGAGAGCAGAUGAAGAACCGCGACGGGGAGGGUGGAUCUGAGAGGAGAACAAGCGCCAACUAUGAGAAGAAUGAUUGGAAGACGAAGAGGAACAAGAGGAGGUUGGGAGGGAAGGGCCUCUCGCUCGACGCCUUCGCCAACGCGAAGUCCAAGCCCUCGGGAUACAACCCUUCGCUCAUCAAAAAGCAAAAGGAGUUCUAUAGAAAUGCCAGAUAUGUGAGCAAGUAUAAGAAGUUGCUAAAUCAGCAAAACCAGGCCAGUGACCUUCUUUCAACAGCAUCAGAGCAUGAGGUUGGGAAUGAUAAAGAAAAUGUUCCAAAGCAAAGCAGGAAUAAGAAGAAGAAAAAUAGUUUACAGAGCUUGAGAGAGGAGUAUGAGAAGAAGCGUGAAGAAGACGAGAAGGCAAGGAUGGAGAGAGAAGGCAUCAUUCAAGCAAAGAAGGAAGAAAGAGCAAAGGCUGAAGCUAGAAGGAAGUCUUUGAGGGAGAAGAUGUUUAAGAAGACCAGAUCUGGUCAACCUGUUAUGAAAUACAGAAUUGAGCAUCUUUUAGAAGGUUUAAUGGAAAGUUCUAAGAAGUAGAUGGUACAUGUGAAGUUCUUGUGAACAAUUGUUUCUUAACUAGUUUUGACCAUAUGUAUGUUGUUUCUUGCCCUUCGUAAACCAGUAGCUUGUUACUGGUAAGUUGGAGGUCGACCAGAAUGCUGUGUGUCACUCAUACCAUCAGCUGUGGGCCCUCAUGAUUCUGGUUAAGAACAGAUCAUCUGUUUCAUAUUCCUUUAUAUGGAGUAUUGACUCCACAAACAAUAGGGAAACUAAAUGCAGUGGGAAAUGGGAGAGUUCAUGUGUUCUAAUUUUACGAACCUGACAUGGGGAGUAAUGCUGUAACCUCUCCACUUAUCUUUAAGUUGACAAGAUUGUUUGAUAAUA